AUGGGUAGUCGAAUCAUCUCUGGCGACUGUCACCCAGCAGAGCAGAAAAAUGGUGACUUUACAAUGGCUGUCGCCCGACGGAGAGGAGUUGGAUGGAGGUGGGGCAUGUGUCAGGGAGCUUUAUCCUUAGGUCCGCGCAACAAGAGAUGGCUCUUCAUUACAUCCGGUACACUCUCAGGAGGUGGCAACUCGUCUCCCAACGGAUCAUCCUCUUCUCGACGACAACUUGUUCGUCGAUUAAUCAGAGAUGCUUUACUCGACGGAUUUGCGAUCCUUUUAUCGUAAAUCGUUUAGUAAUUUUAGUAACAAUGCUCUACCAAUUACGUUGAUGAGAUUUUUGCUAAUGAUCUAGUGAUUCUAGUAGUUUAAUCCUUUACCGGUGAUCUGUAGGAAAGUCGUGAUAAUUAGAUAAAAAAUAUGAGUUUUGACUCUAGGAGGAUUCGAACCUACGCCAGUUACCUGCCUAUAUGAGAGAGAUUGACAUAAGUACUCUAAUGCUUUUAUCAAAUGACGUCAUCAUGAUAUAUCUCUAUUAUAAAUAAGAGAUAUUGUAGGUAUUAAAAUCAUCGAAGCCUUACUGAGGAAGGUUUGAUCGGGUUUAGUACCACAUCGCUUGUGUGCCGAAGUUUGCAAGUAAUAUUACAUUUGCAAGUAAGUCCCUUUCUCCCACGUGUACGACCACUUCUUACCCCACACCCGACUGGUCAUCAGUGACAUGAAAGGAGAGUGGCGCACACAUGCCCCUAUCGGUCCUAGCUGCUCAAGCCCUUGCUCGCGGCUCCUCCUCGAUUACGCUUUCAACUUGCUUGCAGGCCCAGUUGGCCUGCAAGUACCCCCCAUUUUGCUAUAUUUUUAUUUUUAUUUCUUUUUCUUCAUUUAUCUCAAAAGUAAGACUGUAAAAAUCAUAUAAAUUCGUAUAAAAUCACAUCAUUAGCCAAAAAUUCACGUUAAUCAACUGAAAACCACUUUUCACACUUUAACAUAAAUAUAAGUCUAUUUAUCAUGAGUUAAGGUAAAACUAUAUUAUUUACUAAUUAUUAACUCAUGAUAAUGACUUAUCAAUGACAUAUAUCAUUUACUAAGUCAUUACGGUAAUAGUUGUUGCUAAAAUGAUAAACAAGUCUAAAAAGGUCCCUAAUAAAUAGAGCAAAUACGCAUUCAAAUGCAACAAAUUUUCAAUUGAUUAUGCGCAAGUGAACCUUCGCAUUGACCAUUAAGAUUCAACCAUUGGCCUUUGGCUACUCACAUAUUCCCAUUCACUUUUUGCCGUAUGUUUGGGCAAUGAAGGGCCAAAUGUCAUGAACAAAUGAAGAAAGUUUGCCUAACACUAUCCUUGUGGCCCCAAAAGCUAAAGUUUUUCUGGUAUGUCAUAUAAACAUGUUUGGCUAGACAAAUUGAAUCCCCUAAAUGACUUGGUUGCCUAGUCAAUGAGGCAGGCUUUUAAAAACCAUGCAAUCCACUAUGGUAUACAAUUUGAUACUUUGGGAUUUCUUCUACAACAUUUUCAAAUUGAAAUGCAGAUAUAGUUUACUCUUCUCCACCAAUUCCACUUCAUUGUUUGAUUAGAAAAAUGAAGUCAACAUCAAGGAUAUAGAUGAGUUCAAGGCCUUCUUCCCACUCCGCUCCAUUUAAAAAGGAAAAUCAUGUUAAUAAAGAGUAGCAUUCGAACAUGGUUCAUUCCAUUGGCAUUGGUUACUCUAACUGAUUCAGCAACAAUCAAAUGCAUACCAUUUCAUCUGAAAAUGUAAAUUUCACAACAAAAUGACGAAAGCCUUGACCCAAAAAUUACGAAUCAACAUCACAUGAUGACCACACUGCAUUUUGGUCUUCAUGCAUAUCUAGGGGGAAAAUUCAACUCUCAAUAGUGAAUGAGACAUCCAAGUGAAAGAACCAAUGGUGCAAAUGUUGAGGCUGACCAAGUGGCCUUCCCAACCAAUCUAGCUUCUCGAGUUUGCAAGAUGGGAUAGUAGAGGCCUCGAAACAAUAAUAUGUUACCUUGAGGCAGAAAAUUCCCAAUAAAGCAUCACCCCAUAUUAUUUUUUUCUAUAAUUAAUAUAUCAUACCAAUUAUGAUUUUUUUUGAAGUUGCUCUCUCCCUUUUUCCAAUAGAUGGCAACUCCACCUCUCUCAUUGACCAUCAUAUCAUUGCCACCUUGCUCAAGUACCCUUGCUCAAGUACCCUUGCUCCCCACAUGAUGACAAUCUAUACUUACUCUGAAUAGGAUGGGGUUGAUGAUACUUUCUAAUAUUCAACUUUUUCUCUAAAUUUUCAGAGUAUUUUCUAAUGAGAUGGCCAAUAGUGUUAGAUUUUUAAUUUAUUUUUUAGGUAAUUUGAAGCAUAAUAAUAACAAAAUAAUAAUAUUCAUACAUUAAGAUCAACAUUUUUUAUUUCAUAUAAUGUUAAAGUAUGUUAUUUACCAUCUAGAUGAUUUAAUAGUGUCAAUAGGCCAACAUGUCCUACUAAUUUAUGUAAUGCCUAGAUCAAGGUUGUUCAAUAGUGGUAUCAGACUCUUGACCCACUAAAGUCCAUUAUCUCUCUCUCUCUCUCUCUCUCUCUCUCUCUCUCUCUCAUCUCUCCUCUCUCUUCUAUAAGUGUCAUGUAUUCUAUCUUGAGGGUGUAUGGAUUUCAAGACUUUUCCUUCUCGUGUCAACAUGGUAUCAAAGCCCUUGGUAUCUCUUGUUGUCCCCUCCUCUUUGGUGCAUCACUCUCCUUCUCAACAGCCUCUUCCCUCCUUGAGUGGCUCUUCAACACUACCACUCUUCCCUUUUUCGGCUUUGUCGUCUCUACCAUCGCUCUCCUUCUCCUUUCAGCAUCACCCACGUCAUUGCCAUUGCCUCUCACUAGUGCCAUUACUCUCCUCUUCUUCUUUGGCGUCUCCACUAUCGCCUCACCAUCAAGGCCCCUGAUGUGACUUAGUCGUUGUAUAUUAAAUCACGCAAAUAUUAAAUUUAUAAAACUAGAAAAUACGAAUUUUUAGAUAUUUAGAAGUAUUUUUGAACAAAUAUAUCAAUUAUAAUUCAAUAAAACUUCUAAAAAUAGUGAUAAUUUUCCAGGUCAAUCACAAGAAUGUAAUAUAAUAUCUGGUAAUUAUUCAGAAUUUUUCUCUGAGAAUAAUAUUUUAUAUAAAUUUUAUACUAAGAAAUAAAAAGGAAAUAUAUUUAAAAUUCACGAAAAAAGGAAAUAAGGGUGCAGGCGUCAGGAUGACGUCAACGCCCGGCGAACGCGAAUCGGGUGGAAACAGAGUUCCACCUGGCGAUUCUUACGUAAGCGAUUACAGACGAUUUAAUUGAUCAAAUUAAGAUCUAUAAAAGACGGAAGAAUCGUAAUGAAAUGAAGUAUAUGUUGGUAAAUUUAAAAUCAACAAAUUAUCACUAAAUGAAACAGAAAUUAAGUUGAAAGCAGGAAAACAAAGUUCCGACGUCGCGACGGCGAUGCACCGGAAUCCUGAGCGUUUGGGAGGAUCAUCGUGUAGUGUCCACGGCCUUGAAGGCUCUCUUUGGACAAAGACGACGUGGGCAAUCUCUAGAUCUUCUCGCGAAGUCUAGAGAUUAAUGAAAUGGGUCGUCGAGUCGUCUCCGGCAGCUGUCACCCAGCGGAGUGGAAAAACGGCGACUUUGCAGCUCUUCGGCGGCUGUCACCUGACGGAGAGGAGCUGGAUGGAGGUGGGGCGCGUGUCAGUGAGCUUCAUCCUCAGGUCCGCGCAGCAAGAGGAGGCUCUUCAUUGCAUCUGGUAUGCUCUCAGGAGGUGGCGACUCGUCUCUCGGCGGAUCAUUCUCUUCCCAACGACGGCUUGUUCGUCGAUCAAUCGGAGAUGAUUUACUCGAUGGAUUCACGAUCCUUUUAUCGCGAAUCGUUCAGCAAUUUUAGUAGCAAUGCUCCGCGAAUCGCAUUGACGAGAUUUUCGCCGAUGAUCCAGCGAUUCUCGUUGCUUAAUCCUUCACUGGCGAUCUGCAGAAAAGUCGCGAUAAUCAGAUAAAAAUAUAUGACUUUUGACUCUAAGAGGAUUCGAACCCGCGCCGGUUGUCCGCCCCUUCUGAGGAAGGUGUGACGCGGGUUUAGUCCCACAUCGGUUGUGCGUUGAUUUUUCGGGUAAAUCUAUAGUAAUGUUACAUUUCUAAGCAAAGUUCAUUCUCUCGUGUGUACGACCACUCAUUGCACCACAGCCGGCUGGCCACCAGUGACGUGGAAGGCGAGUGGCGCACACGUGCCCCUGUCGGUCCAAGCCGCUCGAGCCCCUACUUGCAGCUACUCCCUAACUGAGCUUCUGACCCGCUUGCGGGCCUGGCUGGCCGGCGGGUCCCCCCCUCAUUUUGUCUUAUUUUUAUUUCUUUUUCUUCAUUUAUCUCAAAAGCAAGACUAUAAGAAUCAUAUAAAUUCAUGUAAAAUCACAUAAUUACCAAAAAAUUCACAUUAAUCAACUGAAAACCACUUUUCACACUUUAACACAAAUAUAAGUCUAUUUAUCAUGAGUUAAGGCUAAAACUAUAUUAUUUACUAAUUAUUAACUCAUGAUAAUUAAGACUUAUCAGCCCCUCCUUGUUGUCAUGCCCUCUUUGUCACACCAUUGUAGGCGUCAUCGCUCUUGGGUGCCGAGGGUGUUGCUGUCACUGUCGAGGUCCCUCCUUGCCAUCAUGCCCUUGCUGUUGCACCCUUACCGUUGCUCUCUUGUUGUCGCACCCCAGCCCUCGCCAUCGCCAUUGCAGGCGCUGUUGAAGUCCAGCUGCGGCGGCUAGGGUUUCGCCCAUCUCCGAGUGAGCUAGUCAGUAGUUCUUCCAAACCGGCCCACUCAGGACUAGCCCAGCCAGACCUGCCAGCCCUGUGUAGACCCACAGGCCCAACACGGCCCAACUAGUCCAGUGUGGCCCAGCCAGCCCUAGCCAGCUCUAUCAUGCCCUGCCAGCUCUACCUACUACUCCAGAUCAGCCCAUCAGGCCUCGACCUGCUCACCUCAGCACCUGCCCUCUAGCUCAGACCCACCGGCCUCAUGGUGUCAUCUCAUCCCCCUCCGUUGCCUACCUCUGAGCCCUCUGAGCUUCUUCUGGCUAGUGUUCUCCUUUCUCCAAUAGUUCCUUCAGUUUGUCACUUCAUCACAGUACAACUUACUUGGUCGGCGUACAUCUUUGAUAAGUUUUUAUUAUCAUGAGUUAAUAAUUAGUAAAUAAUAUAGUUUUACCCUUAACUCAUGAUAAAUAGACUUAUAUUUGUGUUAAAGUGUGAAAGUAGUUUUCAGUUGAUUAACGUGAAUUUUUGACUAAUUAUGUGAUUUUAUAAGAAUUUAUAUAAUUUUUAUAGUCUUACUUUUGAGAUAAAUGAAAAAAAAGAAAUAAAAAUAAAAAUAUAGUAAAAUGGGGGGUACCCGCCAGCCAACUAGGCCCGCAAGCGGGUCGAAAGCGCAAUCGAGGAGGAGCCGCGAGCAAGGGCUUGAGUGGCUAGGACCGAUAAGGGCACGUGUGUGCCACUCUCUUUCCACAUCACCAAUGGCUAGCCAACUGUGGGGUAAGAAGUAGUCGUACACGUGGGAGAAAGAGACUUCUUUGCAAAUGUAAUAUUACUAUAUAUUUACCCAAAACUUUGGCGCACAAGUGAUGUGGGACUAAACUGACGUCACACCUUCUCCAGAAAGGCUUCGAUGAUUUUAAUACCUACAAUAUCCCUUAUUUAUAAUAGAGAUAUACCAUGAUGACGUCAUUUGAUAAAGACAUUAGAGUACUUAUGUCAAUCUCUCUCAUAUAGGCGGGCAACCAGCGCAGGUUCGAAUCCUCUCAAAGCCAAAACUCAUAUUUUUUAUUUAAUUAUCAUGACUUUCCUGCAGAUUGCCAAUGAAAGAUUAAGCUGCCAAAAUCGCUAGAUCAUUGGCAAAAAUCUCGUCAACGUAAUUGGCAGAGUAUUAUUACUAAAAUUGUUAAAUGAUUCGCGAUAAAAGGAUCGUGAAUCCAUCGAGUAAAGUAUCUCCGAUUGAUCGACGAACAAGCCGUUGUUAGGAGGAGGAUGAUCUACCGGGAGACGAGUCGCCACCUCUUGAGAGUGUAACGGAUGCAAUGAAGAGCCUCCUCUUGCUGCACGGACCUGAGGAUAAAGCUCUUUAACACGCUCCCCACCUCCAUCCAGCUCCUCUCCAUCGGGUGACAGCCGCUGGAGAGCCGCAAAGUCACCGUUUUUCUAUUCCGCCAGGUGACAGCCGCUAGAGACGAUUUGACCACCCAUUUCUUUGAUUUCUAGACUUCGCAAGGAGAUCCAGAGAUUGCCCACAUUGUCCUUGUUUAAAGAGAGCCUUUGAGGCUAUGGACACUACACGACGAUCCUCCCGAACGCUUAGGAUUCUAGUGCAUCACCGAUGCAUCGCUGCUGCGACGUCAGAACUCUGUUUUUCUACUUUUAACUUAAUUUUUGCUUUAUUUAGUGAUAAUUUGUGUGAUUUAAAUUUAUAAAGAUAUAUUUCAUUCAAUUACGAUUCUUAUACUUUUACAAAUCUUAAUUUGAUUAAUUAAAUUAUCUCUAAUCACUUACGUAAGAAUCGUCGGGCUGAACUCUAUUUCUGACUGAUUCACGUUCACCAAGCACUAACAUCAUCGUGAUGUAGACACCCUUAUUUCCCUUUCUUUGGGAAUUUUAAAUAUAUUUCAUUUUCAUUUCCUAGUGUAAACUCAUAGAAAAUAGUAUUCUUUUAGGAAAAUUCUGAAUAAUUAUCUGAUAUUAUAUUACAUUCCUGUGAUCAACUUGGAAAAUUACCACUAUUUUUGGAAGUUUUAUUGAAUUAUAAUUGAUAUAGUUUUUCAGAAAUACUUCUAAAUAUGUAAAAAAUUGUAUUUUCUAGUUUUAUAAAUUUUAAAUUUACGUGUUUUACUAUACAAUGACUAAGUCACGUCAAAUUUUGGUGCCGUUGCCAGGGAUGUAUUACAUAAUUUUUCAUAUUUUUCUAUUUUUCUCUAAGUACAUAAAAAAAACUCUUAUUUUAUUUUCUUUUUGUCAAGUUUUUUUAAAAAAAAUGAAUGAAGAGAAGCAAGGUAAGGACUGGAGCAUACUGAAGGAGGGUAACAAUUACUAAACUUUUUUCCUUAAAUUUAUUGAUUUUUUUUAUGCAUGGUAGAAGAUCCUUACAUCUAAUACUAGAAAAUCCUUUCAUUAUUUCAUUCAAAAUUAAAAAUCUAAAAGGAAAAUUAAUUUUGAUGAAUCUUGAAGGAAGUACAGGUCAAACUGAGAACAAUCCUAUAGCCAUAAAAAAUCAUUAUAUCUCUGAUUCAUUUCAAAGAGCAUCUAAUAUUAGAGUCCCAUUAACACCCACUGUUAAAUUCAAAAUAAAUAUAAGAAUUUUUCAAAUGCUCCCUAUUUUUCAUGGAUUGCCUUUAGAGGAACCUUAUCAACACUUAAAAAAUUUCAUAUGGUUUGUGAUUUAGUUAAUUUCCCUCAAGUUACACCGAAAAUUAUUAAGAUGAAAUUAUUUCUUCAUACACUUAGGGAAGAAACUAGUCAUUGGCUAUCCACAUUAGAUAGAGAAUUAAUUAACUAGAAAGACAUAGAACAUGCCUUUCUUCGAAAAUUUUAUCCUUUAGAAAAAACUCAAAAUAUGAGAAAACAUAUGGAGUUUUUCUCAAAGACUAGGAGAACUUUACAUGAGACAUGAAAAAAAUUCAAAGAUUUAUUAUGAUAAUUUUUUUAGAACAACAUAGAAACAUGGUUGAUUCUAUAUGUGGAGGAGUUUUUAUGGAGAAAACCCCUGAUCAGAUUUAUAGUCUUUAUGAGAAUUUAAGUGAAAAUUUUAGAGAUUAAGUCUCUUUUGAAUUAUAUGACAAGGAUAAGAAGAGAGGAAUUUAUGAAUUGCAUCAUGAUGAUGAUUCUAAUUUAAGAAAUGAGAUUAAUCAAAUUAAUCAAAUAUUAGAAAAACUUGAUUUACUUAUUGAGAAUAUUAGAAAGCCUCCUAACCUUCAAUUGAAUGCAUAUAGUGCUUGUCCUAUGUAUGUAUAAUGAAAAUGAUCAUUUCGAAUUUCAAUAUUAUAAUUUAGAUCAAUCAUUUCAUCCUAGAUAAAAACAAGUGCAAGUACCCCACGAUUUUAGUAAAAAUAAGAAAUAUUUUUCUAAUUCUUAUAAUCCUAAUUAGGGGAAUAAUUUUUCUUGGAGAAACUCAAAUAAUAUUCAAAAUCCAAAAACACUUACAUCCAAUUCAAAUUUUGAAUUUCAUCCAAAACAGGAAUACAUAUUUCAAAAAAAUCAACCCUCUCAAAUCCAACCUGAUGUUAUGAAAAUGAUGCAGCAAAUGAGUUAAAUGAUGUAAAAAACUAUAAAUCAAAUGAUAUUGUACUAAAAAAAAUUUAUAAAGGCUUUUGAGAAUAGGAGAGAAGAAGGACAGCUACCCAAUUAGCCCAUAGAAAAUUUAGGAAACUGUCCAAUAGUAAGAUUUCAGCAAGGAGAGUAUAGUUGGAUAAAUUUAAGAAAAAACCCACAAAAUGAAAAUAUUAGGACAAUGAAUACAUUGAGUGAGAAUAUUUUACCUGAUCUUUAUUUCCAAUUAUUAGAAGAAAUCGAUGAGCCAUUAGAAGUAAAUGAAAAUAUUAAGGCUGAAAAUAUAGUAACAGAAAAUUUGAAUAAAAUUAGUUAUUACUCACAAUUGAUGAAUGAAUAUAGUAAGGAUGAUGAGGAGAAAGAGCUCUUAUAUGAAGAAACAACAGUUGAUUAUGGAAAAAUCAUUCAAAUUUUAGUAGAAGGGAGUAAGGACAGAAGUAAAGAAAAACAUAUUUCAGUUGAGGAAAAAUCAAUUGAUUUGGGAGAUGUAGGAGACAAAAUUAAUAAAUCUAAUCAUAAAUUUGUAGCCAUGGAUGUUGAUAUUGAGGAUGAUGAUGUAUAUCAUAUAUCGAAAUUAGAAGAUAGCUCUUGGGAAGAUGAAGAAUUUGAUGAGUUGAGAAAUGAAAAGCUAGAAAAAGAGUUGAUUCAACUAAUGGGGAGAAACGAAAAUAAUAAAUAUGAAUAUAAAGAUAAUUUUAGAAGAGAAAAUUUAAAUUUUACUGAAUUCAUUAGAUAUAAGAUUAAAGAAGACAAUCUUUCCAUCCUUCAAAACCCACAGCCCAUUAGAUUUAUUUAUAAGCUUGAAAUAUUUCACUCCUCGCAAAUUGAACAAAUAUGUAGGGAAGAUAAAAUGGAGCAGAGGAAGAUUAUGCAGAUAAAAGAACACAUUAAGAAAUGAGUGCAUAGAAGAAUUAGAGAUAUCAAUUUAGAUGAAAAAAUUCUAGACUGAGUAAGAGCUAAUUUGAAAAUUAUAUGGUUUGAUCAAAUUUUAUGGUCUAUUAAUAAAAAGUAUUUAUUAAUGAAUAAGAGCCUUCCAAAACAAGAUAGAAAUGAGGAAAGAUUCUUUUCAAAAUGAAAAUAUUAUUUUUGAGAAAAUUUUAUUAAUUUCUAUUUUUUUUUGGCUGAAAGUAUGUCAAGGUAUAUAUAUGAAGUAUAUGAAUUUGUGCUAAAUCUGAAAAAGAAUAUCAUGAAACUUACCUUGGGAUACAAAUAUAUUUUGAUGGCCAUAGAUCAUCUUAUAUGAUCUAAGAGCUGUCCAACUGAAGACAUUAAAUUCAGCGCUGCAUGGAAGGCAACCCAUGAUUUUUAUUUAACUCUAUUUGAUAUAUUUUUUUAAACUCUAUUUUUCUUAAAAUUUCGUAGUAUUUAUUUCUGCAUUUGUUUGUUUUCAAAAAAGUGCAGGAGGAGAAGUGUGAGAUGAAGUGGAAAAUUAAAAACGAGGUUGAGGUGAUGUCUUUCUGAGCUUUAUCAUUUAUGACAACAUUUUUAAUGCUUCACUUGAAAAUUAUAUUUUUUGUAUAUUCUGUUUCAAUUUUUCUAUGUCAUUGAGAACAAUGUCAUUUUUAAGUUGGGAGGUGAAGUAUUAAUUCUUAAUUUAUGCUGUAGGACGAUUAAGAACAAGUGUUUGGAUUUUUUUUAUGCUCACUUAGAACACCGACUAAAAAAAAUAAAAAUCGAAUAAACUACAACAUCUAUUUUCUGGUUUUCUGUUAGGAACAACAGAUUGUCAAAAAAAGCAGACAAAAAAUAGCUCGAAAUUUAAAAUUCUAGAGACCCUUUUUUCACAUUUCAAUCCCCUAGACAUAUAUUACUAAAAUUCGAAAUUACAGCUAUAAAAAGGAUAGUUUUGAUUUAUUUUUGACAAAUUUAUUGUUGUUAAAAAUAGAACUGAAAACAGAAAAUAGAACUAUUAGAACUAUCUAAUUUACAAAUUUCUUACAUCAUAUUAUAUGCAUGAAAAAUUAAAUUAAUUAGAUUGAUUGAUACCAAAAGAUACUAAGAAGGUUAUUAUUGAGUCAAAAGAAUGAUUUAGUAGCAUGAAAUGUUGGAAUACUCCUUAGAUACAUGAUAGAUAACAUGAAUUUGAUUUUAUAGAUUUUCACUUCAUGAUCUUGAUAGAUAAUAUUUACUUGAUGUGAAAAUUUGAUUGAUCAUUUGAGUUUAAUAGAGAUUUUUACACCUUGACCUAUAGGACUUGUGAGGAAAAAUCACUUAUUUCAAAAAAAAAAAAGAGAGCAAUGUGAAAAAUCUAGAAACGAAGAGUACACAUAGAGGGUGUGAGACAUCAUUCUCAUGGUCGAAAAUAGUGCAUAGAAAAAUAUUUGCUGCAAAAUAAGUGGAUAAAGUGAAAGCCUUGAAAAUGAAGAGUACACAUGGAGGAUGUGAGACAUCAUUCUUAUCGUCAAAAUUUGUCUACAAGAAAAGCUACUUAUCCACUAUAUAUAUAAAAUAAAAUAAAAGAAAGAAGAAAUAUAGUGCAAACUUCAAAAAUCAAGCCAUGGAAAAAGGAAAAUGUAGGAUCAAUAUUAUUCUUAGAUGAGUAUUGAUAAUUAAAAUAUCUUGUAAAUAUAUCUAUGAGUGAAGAAGUGAUAAAGAUGUGAAUAGAAGAAGUGAAGUCUAGAUUGUUAUUCCAAGGAGUGCUUAAAUAUUUAAGUGCUUGACAUCAUUCUUAAAUACUUCAUAUAAGAAUCCAAAGUGUCUAAAGGUGCAUCAUUUCUAAUUGUAUUUUUUUUUAUGCAUUGAAAUAUGAUGUUUGAGAUUUGUAAAUUUUUAUUUUCUUAAUUCUAUUGCUAAGGGACUAACAAUGAUUUAAGUUGGGGGGUGUGAUAAGUCUUUAUUAUCAUGAGUUAAUAAUUAGUAAAUAAUAUAGUUUUUUCCUUAACUCAUGAUACAUAGACUUAUAUUUGUGUUAAAGUUUGAAAAGUAGUUUUCAAUUGAUUAACGUGAAUUUUUAGCUAAUUAUGUGAUUUUCUAUGAGUUUAUAUGAUUUUUAUAGUCUUACUUUUGAGAUAAAUGAAAAAAAAGAAAUAAAAAUAAAAAUAUAGCAAAAUGAGGGGUACUCGCCGGCCAAUUGGGCCUGCAAGCGGAUCGAAAGUGCAAUCGGGGAGGAGUCACGAGCAAAGGCUUGAGCGACUAAGAUCGAUAGGGGCACAUGUGCACCUGUCCUUCCACGUCACUAGUGGCCAGCCGGCUAUGGGGUAAGAAGUGGUCGUACAUGUGGGAGAUAGAGACUUGCUUGUAAAUGUAAUAUUACUAUGUAUUUACUCGAAACUUUGGCGCACAAGUGAUGUGGGACUAAACCCGCAUCACACCUUCCCCAGAAAGGCUUUGAUAAUUUUAAUACCUACAAUACCCCUUAUUUAUAAUAGAGAUAUACCAUGAUGACGUCAUUUGAUAAAGACAUUCGAGUACUUAUGUCAAUCUCUCUCAUAUCGGUAAGCAACUGGUGUAGGUUCGAAUCCUCUCAGAGCCAAAACUCAUGUUUUUUAUUUGAUUAUCGCGACUUUCCUACAGAUCGUCGGUGAAAGAUUAAGCUGUCAAAAUCGCUAGAUCAUCGACUAAAAUCUCGCCAACGUAAUUGGCGGAGCAUUGUUAUUAAAAUUGUUAAACGAUUCACGAUAAAAGAAUCGCGAAUCCGUCAAGUAAAGUAUCUCCGAUUGAUCGAUGAACAAGCCGUCGUCAGGAAGAGGAUGAUCCGUCGGGAGACGAGUCGCCACCUCUUGAGAGCAUAUCGGAUGCGAUGAAGAGCUUCCUCUUGCUGCGCGGACCUGAGGAUGAAGCUCUUUGACAUGCACCCCACCUCCAUCCAGCUCCUCUCCGUCGAGUGACAGCCGUUAGAGAGCCGCAAAGUCGUCGUUUUUCUGCUCCACUGGGUGACAGCCGCCGAAGACGAUUCAACGACCCAUUUCAUUGAUCUCUAGACUUCGCAAGGAGAUCUAGAGAUUGCCCACGUCGUCCUUGUCCAAUGAGAGCCUUCGAGAUUGUGGACACUGCACGACGAUCUUCCCGAACGCUUAGGAUUCUAGUGCAUCGCCGACGCAUCGCCGCUACGACACCAGAACUCUGUUUUCUUACUUUCAACUUAAUUUCUACUUCAUUUAGCGAUAAUUUGUGUGAUUUAAAUUUAUUGAGAUAUACUUCAUUCAAUUAUGAUUCUUCCGGCUUUUACAGAUCUUAAUUUAAUUAAUUAAAUCAUCUGUAAUCACUUACGUAAGAAUCGUCGUGCAGAACUCUGUUUUCGCCCAAUUCACAUUCAUCGAGCACUAAUGUCAUCUUGACGUUCGCACCCUUAUUUCCUUUUUUUGUGAAUUUUAAAUAUAUUUUAUUUUCAUUUCCUAGUGUAAAAUCUAUAGAAAAUAGUAUUCUUUGGAGAAAAUUCUAAAUAAUUACUUGAUAUUACAUUACAUCUCUAUGAUUGACCUGGAAAAUUACCACUAUUUUUGGAAGUUUUAUUGAAUUAUAAUUGAUAUAUUUGUUUAGAAAUACUUCUAAAUAUUUAAAAAUUCAUAUUUUCUAGUUUUAUAAAUUUUAAAUUUGUGUGAUUCAAUAUACAACGAGUAAGUCACGUCAAUCUUCAACGGCCACAAUUAUACAUCAUGGGCAUCUAGCUUCGAGCUCUUCCUUAGAUCUCACAGUCUCCUCCAUCACCUCUCGGAAGACCCACCCAACCUUCGAGACCCCUCGUAUGCGACAUGGACACAGUUCGACUUGGCCCUUAUCACAUGGAUACUUUAGAGUAUUGAGCUCAAUAUUAUUGAACUAUUGGCACGCAUCAUCUCGGCCCAUCUCUUAAGACUCACUAUGAAGACCAUGUAUGUUAACCGGACAAACAUCAGUCAUGUUGUGAAGAUCUUCGAGUCUCUUCUCUCCUGCAAACAAGGCGAUCUCUCUCUUCAGACCCACUACGGUCACCUCUAGGCCCUCAUCCAAGAAGUUAAUAUCUAUCAGCCCUCUACUACCAAUCGCUUGACCCUCUAGUGCUAUCGUCAAGAGCUUUAUGUUGGGGUUUAUCUUAGUGGACUACAUCUGUCCAUCACAUCCCAAAUCCGAGGAGAUGUUCUCUCUAGGGAUCGCGUGCCUGAUCUCACCUCCAUCUUCUCAGCAGCCCUUCGGGUUACCAUUGGUAUGCCCAUCUACUCUUCUUCCUCUCUAGGCGCCACCUCUACUCCUUCGACUCUUGUCAUUGCUGCUUCACAGGCUCGAGAUGAUAUCCUUUCUUCUCGCCUUGAUGGUGGUUGUACUCUUUGCAAAUAUGGGUGCAACACUGAUGGCGAGUGGGACCCAUCUCCAUCAGCUCAAGAGACACAGGCAGUCCGAGUUCAGCCCGAUCGACGUGCGAAGAUGAAGGAGCUUGGCUUUCGCUACAUGGCCUAGCCCUUCGGGACAACGACAUUCCACCUCCGCGACGACGAUGAGCUUGAGCUCACCCUUAUCUUUCUUUGUAUUUUCACGUUGACUUGUUGGGCCUCGCGUUUGUGUGUUAGCAGGCCCAAUUCUAUGUGUGUGUGUUGUUGUUUGUGUCUCCCUUUCUUUAGAGUUUUAUUGGGUCUCUCUCUUGAGGCCCAAUUAAAAUCCUAAAGGGAGGGACCUAUGUUUCUUUCCUUUUGGGCCUCUUUUGGGGCUUAUUUGGGUCGUCAUUUGAGGCCCACUUAAGCACCGUACGAGGGCCCUCCUCUCUCUCCUUUUAGGGGAGCUUAUUGGGUCUCUCUUUUAGAGGCCCAAUAAGCCCCUUUUGUAGCCUUUUUGUGGCUUAUGGGCUUGAGGGCCUCAAGUGGGCCCACCUCCCCUUAGCCCAAUUGUGGGCCCUAUAUAAGGGGAGGUAGGACCCCCCCCUCAACCCAAAGUGCUGAAUUUUGUGAGAGAUUAUCGUUUGUGAGUUACCUUCUUCGUGACCUAGGGUAGGGAAGGAAGGAGGGAGAGGAAGGCUGUCGAUACCCUUUGAGGACUUCAUUCAUCGUGACGUUGCUACUUGAGAAGUUCCGCCGCCACCUGAGACCAACUACCGCUGCCGGACAUCUUCAUUGCUGCCCGUGAGAUCGCCGCCGUCACCGGACGAAACGGUCGCGGUUGCCGCUGCAACUGCUGCCGCCUCUGCUGGAACCCUGUCAUGCCGUCAUGACGAAAGGAGCUUGCUUCGCCUCCCUACGAGCCGUCACCAAGCACUCCGCCGGAGUCUCUUGACUCCUAGUUCGACUACCACCUCUUCCUUCGGAACUCCACCAUAAACUCGCUGGAGCCGCCAUCCGCCGCUCUGCCCAAUCACUGGCCGUUUGCCGACGAACACCUACUUGCCGCCAACGUCGGGAGAGACCCUACAGCCGUGCCGACGAGCCAGAUCCAGUCCAAGCUCCUCGCAGGCCCCCGCCAGAGUUUCCCAACUGCCGACGCUCGGCAUUCCCACCGAAGCGCUGCCGCCAUGCGCACCCCGCGCUCCGGCUCUUGUGGCCCGCGUGCCCACCUGGCGCCGCCGCCCACAUGCCCCAAGGCAUGCCGCACGCACCCGCUAGCAUGCCCUUUGGCCCACCAACGGGCCCACACCCGCGCCGACCACACCACGCCUUACGACGACGACUACUACGACUCUCGACCAGAACCGACCGUCGACGCUAAGCAUCGCUCUUCACUGGAUGUCUCUACUUACGUCGAGUCUCCGCUCCAUCAUGACCCGCCGAGCUACGCAGCCCUGAAGGUUAGCUCCAUACCCCUUCUUACUUAAGUUUAAUUAUCUUUCGAAGGGUUUUCUCGGCUCAUUUCCACCGCCAUCAGGAGAAUGUAGAUAGGAUAGGACGGGUUAUAGGAUCGUGACUUCUGACACUGUGCCAGACUCAUCACCAUUCGUGAGCUGCAGCCCUAGGCUACUUCACGACGACCGUUCCGCCGUCUAUCUGGACGUGGACCGAGAGGGUCUCACACUUACCAUCGUUGAGUGUUUUCCCCGGUUGUCUUGAGUUGAUAGUGCAUAUUGGUACACCUGCCUGUACUUAGGUUAGGUGGUCAGACCUAGAGUCUAGGGUCCAUACAUUCUUAUCGGAUUGGUCCGACUGCCCCAUCCCCGAUCUUGAGUUUCAUUGAUCAGGUACAAGGGUUCUCGCCCCGUCCUGCAUCAAACACUUUUCCUCUAUGUCCCUAUUGUGAGAAGCAGAAUCAUCCGGCUAGUAAGUGUUUGAUAACUGAUAAGUCUUCAUUAUCAUGAGUUAAUAAUUAGUAAAUAAUAUAGUUUUAGCCUUAACUCGUGAUAAAUAGACUUAUAUUUGUGUUAAAGUGUGAAAAGCGCUUAGUCGUUGUAUAUUAAAUCACGCAAAUAUAAAAUUUAUAAAACUAGAAAAUACGAAUUUUUGGAUAUUUAGAAAUAUUUUUAAAUAAAUAUAUCAAUUAUAAUUCAAUAAAACUUCCAAAAAAUAGCGGUAAUUUCCCAAGUCGAUCACAGGGAUGUAAUAUAAUAUUUUUUAAUUAUUCAGAUUUUUUUCUCAAUGAAUACGAUUUUCUAUGAAUUUUAUACUAGGAAAUGAAAAGGAAAUAUAUUUAAAAUUCACGAAAAAAAAGGAAAUAAAGGUGCGGACGUCAGGAUGACGUCAGCGCCCGGCGAACGCGAAUCGGGCGGAAACAGAGUUCCGUCCGACGAUUCUUACGUAAGUGAUUACAGACGAUUUAAUUAAUCAAAUUAAGAUCUGUAAAAGCCGGAAGAAUCGUAAUUGAACGAAGUAUAGUUUGGUAAAUUAAAAUCACACAAAGUAUCACUAAAUGAAGCGUAAAUUAAAUUGAAAGCAGAAAAUCAGAGUUCCGGCGUCGCGACGGCGAUGCGUCGGCGAUGCACCGGAAUCCUGAGCGUUCGGGAGGAUCAUCGUGUAGUGUCCACGGCCUUGAAGGCUCUCUUUGGACAAAGACGACAUGGGCAAUCUCUAGAUCUUCUCGCGAAGUCUAGAGAUUAAUGAAAUGGGUCGUCGAGUCGUCUCCAGCAGCUGUCACCCGACGGAGCGGAAAAACGGCGACUUUGCAGCUCUUCGGCGGCUGUCACCUGACGGAGAGGAGUUGGAUGGAGGUGGGGCGCGUGUCAGGGAGCUUCAUCCUCAGGUCCGUGCAGCAAGAGGAGGCUUUUCAUCGCAUCUGGUAUGCUCUCAGGAGGUGACGACUCGUCUCUCGGCGGAUCAUUCUCUUCCCGACGACGGCUUGUUCAUCGAUCAAUCGGAGAUGAUUUACUCGAUGGAUUCGCGAUCCUUUUAUCGCGAAUCGUUUAGCAAUUUUAGUAGCAAUGCUCCGCGAAUCGCGUUGACGAGAUUUUCGCCGAUGAUUCAGCAAUUCUGAUUGCUUAAUCCUUCACCGGCGAUCUGCAGGAAAGUCGCGAUAAUCAGAUAAAAAUAUAUGAAUUUUGACUCUAGGAGGAUUCGAACCCGCGCCGGCUGUCCGCCCCUUCUGAGGAAGGUGUGACGCGGGUUUAGUCCCACAUCGGUUGUGCGCCGAUUUUUCAGGCGAAUAUAUAGUAAUGUUAGCUUUUUAAGCAAAGUCCCUUCUCUCGCGUGUACGACCACUCCUUGCCCCACAGCCGGCUGGCCACCGGUGACGUGGAAGGGGAGUGGCGCACACGUGCCCCUAUCGGUCCAAGUCGCUCGAGCCCCUGCUCGCGGCUACUCCCCGACUGA